CGUAAUCCGCUGAUCGCAGCCUCGCAAAGAGCGCAGCACCGAAGGCUAGAGAGGUGUUCGAUAGCCACCGUACAUUCGUGAAUUUGCCCAGGACCAUCCAUGGCAUAGACCUUCCCGCCUGGCAACUUGGCUCCCGUAUCGCGAAAAGGCGGGCUUCGUCAAGAACUAUUAUUCCUUGGUCAAUCACCACCCGCCAGCAUUCACCAUGGCAUCGACAGUUGUAGCAGAGCUGGAGGCUGGCCUGCAGGCGAUGCUCUCGCUGAAGCCUCCUGGGGUAUCUGGCUCUCGCAUCACGAACAUCACGGCGCUAUGUGUCGCCAAUGUCCAGUACGAAUCGGUCCUUAUCCAGAAGCUCUUCACCCACUUCAAGAAAACACCUGGCACACACAAACUAGGAGUACUCUACGUCGUAGACUCUGUAACGAGGAAGUGGUUGGACCAGGCCAAAGCUCAAGGGCAAACGCCGAGUCUCUCGGCGCCAGACGGAACGUUCGCUGCUGGCGUGCAUAGAGUAACAGAACUGAUACCCAUCUUGAUGAACGACAUCAUUGCCACGGCGCCAGAAGACCAAAAGGAGAAAAUAAAGAAGCUGGUUGAUAUCUGGGAGAAGGGCCAGACGUUCCCUCCUUCCAUGGUCAACUCGUUCAAGGAGAAGCUGAAUGCCCCGAGACCAACGAACCAGUCGACAACACCGCCUGGCAGCCCUCCUCCCAACCUCCUAGGCUCGCUUGGUCCUGGCAGCAAACCGGAAGCACCGCCAGCACCGCCAGCGAGCCAGGCCGUUCCCAACAGCAUCCUGGACAAGCUCGCGAGCAUUGCACGCCAGAAUGCGUCGUCUGCGCAGAGUAAUCCCAACCUGGCAGCCACUGCGCCUGCGCUGACCCCGGCGCCGGCGUCUAACCCGACCACCGCGCCCGUACUCAAUGCAUCUGGUGCACCGCCUAGUAAUGGCCCUAUUCAGCCUGUAAAUGUGCCAGGGCUUCCUUACGGCAACAACACCACCACCACUAACAACAACAACAAUAACACCAACACCAACAACGCCUUCCCGCCGGCCCCGCCGGCGCAGGCCGGCCCUCCGGCUGCUCCAGUUGCCCCGGCCGCGGCCGCGCCGGUGGCGGUCCCCCCGCCCCCAAGUGGUCCAAGUAAUCCAGCUGCCGCGACGGUCCAGCUUGUCGCCGCCUUGGCUGCUCAGGGUAUCCCUAUUGAUAAGAUUGCGGGCGUAAUCCAGAUGAUGAACCAGACGGGCGCCCUCGCUGCGCCGGCCCCGCCUCAGAUGCCCCAGCCUACGCAGACGGGCUACGCUGCACCUCCCCCCAUCCCCGGUGCUGUCCCUGGCCCUGCUCCUUGGGACGCUCGGCCCGAGGGCGCGCGUGAUCGCACCGGCUAUCGUGACGGUAUGAGGUCACCAAACCGGCCAAGGGGUAGGUCCAGGUCACGAUCUCCUUCUCGUUGGGAUCCCCGGGGCUCUCCAAGGUCGCGUGCGAAUGAUCGCGGUUUUGAUUACGGCCGUCCCGGCUCGCCCGGCCGUAACCGUGCCGAUGACCGGGAUCGGCGCGGACACAUGUCCGAGUAUCGUCAGCGGUCACCCCACGGACGUCAUGGUGACGGCCCAGGCCAGGAGCCGCCCCAGCAGGAGAAAUGGGUCGAGUACGACAACAGCCUCCCUAGCGGCUGCAUCAAGGUGUACAGCCGAACCCUUUUUGUGGGCGGUGUAACUUGCUCCGAGCACGAGCUCCGCGAAAUAUUCAACCGCUUCGGCUCGGUUCAGACCUGCAUCGUCAACAAGGAAAAGCGCCAUGCCUUCGUCAAGAUGUACUAUCGCAAGGACGCCGAGCGGGCAAAGGACGCCAUGGAGGAUAUGCGCGGCCAAGAGUACAACCUGAGGACACGAUGGGGUGUCGGUUUCGGCCCACGGGAUUGCAGCGACUACCAGAGCGGUAUCAGCGUUAUCCCCAUCCACAAGCUGACCGAGGCCGACCGCAAGUGGAUGUUAACCGCACCCUACGGCGGCUCCGGCGGCCGCCCCAUUGUCAGCGGUAUGUGCGUCGAGGAGCCCGACAUCGAGAUCGGUGCCGGGGUGUCGUCCAAGGCCAUCAGCCGCCGCAUGCAGACCGACAAGGGCGGUAACCACGGCCCAAAGUCGAGCAGACGCGCCGAGGACGAGUCACCUGCUGGCGGAUUCGGCGGUGGGCAUGGCCACGGUGGCUACAUGGGCGGCGGCGGUUCCGGUCCUGGCGGAGGUGGUAACAUGGGUGCUGGCGGUCCCUCGGGCGGCCGGUGGCGCAACAAGGGCGGAGACAAGCAUCACGGUGGUUUAGCCGGACGCGAUCAGAGGAGAGGCGGUGGUAAUGGCGAUGACCGCAACAAUAAGGGUGGAAACAACGACGAACCCAUCGUCAUGGGUCUGCCCGCGGGUAUUACCAUGGGCCCCAACGGCAUCAACUUACCACCCAACUUCACCUUUGGCACAACUGCCUCGCAACCUUAGGCUCUGGGCAUGGCCAUGGUUGCGAACGGUGCCCUUAAUGAUGGCGCAGUCAUGACUGGGGUCGGAAACACGGGUGUUCUCUUAACAAGACAUUUGUGAUUGCGGCAAU